AUGGCUGGAGGGGCACCAACUGAGCCUCUCGUCACGCGGUAUGCAAUGGAUGUACGUAAAGUAGAACGUGUAUACAAAACACGAAAAAGUGUAAUGAAUGCUACCAAGAAGACUUAUACAUUCUUGUUUGACGUGCUGAAAUUGAUCAAGUCUCGUGAGGAAGCUGCGAGAUUGAAAGAGCGAGGAAUCGAUUCGACGAAAUCGCAGCCCGCUAAGUUUGUUGGAAUGUAUAACAGAUAUGACCAAGAACGCUUCGGAAAGCUGAAUGAGUUCCAAACGAUGGGCACAUCGUCAUUCGUUGGAACAAAUCUCAGUUCGAUCAGUACACUGGAGAAUCGACCCUUGGACUCAGUGGAGAAUCAGAAUCCAGACGAAGCGGCAAGAAGAACCGCUCUGGCUACGACGAUACCUCAAAGCGUAAGCACUCCUGAUGAACCGAAAAAGCGAGAUAUGAAUUUCGUGACAACAGAGGAGAAAAGAAAGGAGAAAAAUAUGCAGCGAAAGUCUCAGAUUUAUAUUCAGCGAAAGAAGAAUGACACUUCAGAUAGGUUUUUCCUCAUUUUAUCUGGAGGGGGACAAUUGUGGCAGUUCAAGCCGUUCAAGAGGUGGCACAGCAAUCCAGUGGAGAUAUUUGCAAAAAUUCCCGCUUUUCAUGUUCAUUAUGAUGAUCUCAACGUG